ACAAUAUGGCUUCAAGAUGGGUUCCAACUAAAUUUCUUGGACAAGGGUCUUAUGGCUGCGUCUUUCGGGCUGAAUUUGCGUCACCAUCUCUGGCUUAUGCUUGUAAUGUACCCCGGACAGUGGCUGUCAAAUCGGUGUCUCAGAGUUUAUUGUGGUCUUUGGCCUUCGAGAAAUCAGUAUUGUGUGAACUUGGAGGGUGUAAAGAGAUCGUUCGUUGCUUCGAGGACGAGGAUUUCAAGACUACUAAUGAGGAUGGUACGACUUCUUACAAUAUCGUACUGGAGUAUGCGGAUGGAGGGACGUUGAAGCAGCUGAUCUAUUCGAGGGGACGGAUACCUGAGUACGAAGCUAGUUGCUACGCGUUGAUGUUGCUUAAGGGUCUCUCGCGUGUGCAUGGACAAGGGUACGUUCAUUGUGACAUGAAGCCGAGUAAUGUUCUUGUUUUUAAUAUUCCUCGUGAUGAGUUUAAGGGGGUGGUUAAGUGUAAUCUGAAACUAGCGGAUUUUGGAUUGGCCAAGAAGGGAGGAGAGAAAAGUUUGGGAGCAGGGGAGGAGUACAAGCACAGGGGAACAUUGCUUUAUAAUUCCCCUGAAUCCGUGGUCUUCGGAGUGCAUGAAGCAGCCAUGGAUAUAUGGGCGGUUGGUUGUAUUGUUUUGGAAUUGCUUUUGGGGGAGGGCGGGUUAUGGAAAAAACGCAUUGACGAAGAUGCACAAUGUUUGGCAGAGAUGAUUGUGAAUUAUGAAGAUGACAGGCUGAUUUUGUUGGUGCCUGAGCUUGAUCAUUUGUCGGAGAAUGCAAAGGAUUUUGUGAGAAGAUGUUUGACAAGGAGGCCGGAAGAUAGGUGGACCGCAGAUGAACUUUUGAGGCAUCCCUUCGUUACGUGCAACCAAAAGCUGGUGAAGCAGUUUGAGGCCAGAUAUUCCUACCAGAACUUGAUGAAGUAUCAGUAUAGGAAAUACUUGAUAGGCACUAUAAGAAACAAAUUUUUACGAUUAUCAGCUAAUGAGUGUCUCAGAGGAUUUAGACUUAUACAGGGUGAUAGAAUCAGAGAUCUCUGUGGACUUUGGUGGCUUAGAAACACUUCAUGCUUUGAGUGA